UAUUCGUUACAAAAAUAUUUUCAAAUAGAAAAAUUACAUAUAGUGUUCAAGGAUGGGUAUUUUUUCAUUCACAUUAAUAAUUGAAAUAUUCUUAUUUCAAGGUGUUUUCUCUAAAUCUAUUCAGAAUAUAUCUCAUUAUGAAAUCAAAAUAGAUGCAUUGGAAAAGUCUAUGGAAGUUAUGGAGACACGUUUAAACAAUUUUACUGAAAUUGUGAAUCGUCAAACAAAGGAGAAAAUACACCAACUGUUUUAUGUCGAAUUAGCCUCAACUACAAUAUUAAAUGUCAAUUCAAUUGUGAAAUUUAACGACGAAAAGAUUGACGAAGGAGAUAAUUUUAACACAGGGGAUGGAAUCUUUGUGGCACCAGUCUCUGGGAUUUAUUUGUUUUCGUGGACUAUGCAAACUUACAGUGGAAGAUAUGUGAAUACUGAAUUAAGGGUACAAAAUUCUGUUAAAGGAACACAACAUACAGCUUUAUCAUCGACAGCUGGAAACUUUGCAACAACACGAAAUGUACUUUGUAGUGCAAGUAAAGGUAAUCAUGUUUGGAUUCAAACCAGCGGACACUAUUCAGAAAACUCUUUAUAUGUAACUAAUGGUGCAAGGUGUUCGUUUAUGGGAAUAUUGAUUCAUGCCAUUUGA